AUGUUCUUUCCCUUAGCUGGAAAUGUAACCUUCUCUUCACCAGGAAAUGUGACCUUCGAUAAACGCUCUUUGAUUAUUAAUGGACAACGAAAGCUUCUCAUUUCUGCUUCUAUUCAUUACCCUCGGAGCGUCCCUGCGAUGUGGGCAGGGCUGGUGCAAAUGGCAAAGGAAGGAGGAGCAGAUGUUAUUGAAUCAUAUGUGUUUUGGAAUGGUCAUAAGCUUUCUCCAGGCAAAUAUUAUUUCGGGGGACGAUUUGACCUAGUCAAGUUUGUGAAGAUAGUUCAGGACGCUGGGAUGUAUAUGAUUCUGCGAAUUGGCCCAUUUGUUGCUGCUGAGUAUAAUUUGGGAGGGAUACCUGUUUGCUUGCACUACAUUCCAGGCAGCUUCUUUCGAACUGAUAGUGAGCCUUUCAAGUUUCACAUGAAGAGGUUUAUGACAGUCAUAGUGGACCUUAUGACGAAGGAGAAGUUUUUUGCAUCACAAGGAGGUCCCAUCAUUCUUGCACAGGUAGAAAAUGAAUAUGGUUGGUAUCAAAUGAAUCACGGAGAACUAGGAAACCGAUAUGCCGCAUGGGCUAUGCAGACAGCUCUUUCUCAAAAUAUAGGGGUACCUUGGAUAAUGUGCCAACGAUACGUUGGUCUUCCAGAAUCUGUGAUAGAUACUUGUAAUUUAUUUUAUUGUGACCAAUUCACACCUAUUUCACAGAACAAGCCCAAAAUUUGGACUGAGAAUUGGCCUGGAUGGUUUCAAGCAUUUGGGGGCAACGCGCCUCGUAGACCAGCUGAAGAUAUUGCUUUUUCUGUUGCUCGCUUUUUCCAAAAAGGUGGCAGUGUACAAAACUACUACAUGUAUCAUGGUGGAACAAAUUUCGGUCGGACGGGAGGACUUUAUAUGACCACAAGUUAUGAUUAUGAUGCACCAAUUGAUGAAUACGGUCUACCAAGAAAUCCAAAAUGGGAACACCUCAAGGAUCUUCAUAGAGCUAUAAAGUUAUGUGAGCAAAUAGUGCUGAGUGGUGAGCCAAUUAACUUGUCACACGGUCCUUCCCAAGAGGCCGAUGUGUAUACUGAUUCUUCAGGAGCAUGUGCUGCCUUUCUUUCUAACACGGAUAACAAAACUGACAUGAUAGUGGAGUUUCGAAAUGCUUCAUAUCACUUGCCUGACUGCAAGAAUGAAGUAUUUAAUUCCGCAAAGAUUGUGCGGACCGUAAACUUUAGAGACUAUGAGUUAGAGCUUAUAAGUGAUAAGGCUUGGAUGUACGAGCCACCUAUCUUAGCUAAGGCGGGGGGAGAGCAACAGUUUGGGAGUUCGUCUUUUCCGUUUCUCACCGCUACUGGGGAUGAAGCAAAGGGGACUAUUGUUCAGGCCAUGCUUGACAACGGGGUUGAUGUCGAGGAUGAUGAACUCCAAUGCGGAGGCCCGAAGAUGGGAGGAGAAGAGCGAGGAAGAGGAUUGGAAGGAGAGAGCCUAGUUAUAUACAAGCCAAAUUGUGUAAAAUGGGUAUCAACUACGGAGCCACCAAAAAAUCAGACUUUGACAUGGUACAAGGUUAUUGUUGAGCAACCACCCGGGGACGAUCCUAUUGGUAUAGAUAUGCUUGAGAUGGGAAAAGGUCUAGCUUGGUUAAAUGGAAGAUAUUGGCCCGUAGAAAGCCGUCUUGAUUAUCAGUGUGUUCAAGAAUGUGAUUAUAGAGGCACGUUUUUUCAAGCAAAGAGGAAUUCAUGCGUUAAUUGUUUGUCUAGACAAUGGUACUAUAUUCCACGGUCUUGGUUCAAGCCAUCUGGAAAAGUUCUAGUUAUUUUCGAGGAGAAAGGUGGAGAUCCAACAAAAAUUAAGUUUUCAAAACGUAAAAUCUCAGGUAUGUGUGCCCUUGUUGGCGAAGAUUACCCCUUGGCAACUGUGAAUCUCAAGUGCCCCAAGAACAAGCAUUUUGCCAGUUUUGGAAAUCCUAAAGGAACAUGCGGGUCCUAUAGGACGGGCGAUUGUCAUGAUGAUCCUACUUCUGCUUCUGUGGUUGAGAUGGCGCAAUACCUAACAUGGAGAAAAUUUAGCUACGGGGCCAUCCCAAGUUUCCAUUUAAUAAAAUGGUCUUGA